GGGGCCAGUCAUACCGAGAACAAUGCGCGUACGCAAGUUACUGUAGGGAAACUUUAAUUUAGUGAUAACAUGUAAACAGUGAGAUUGAAGAUGAACGGAGUUAGUCAUGCGGUACCAAAGGUGUUGUUAGGUUACUUAGUGUUAUUAUUCUCAGAUGCGUGUUCAGGGCUGGUUCUGCGCGCGCUCAUAUCUCAACAUGGCCUCCACGGCGAGGUGGAGUUCUCCCGCAAGGCCGAGGGCAUCGUGGCCGUCAGGACAGCCCUCACACCCACCUUGGAGCACCCCGAGCAUGCCCUCCGCUGGGCUGUUCACACCUUCCCGGUCGACCAUCGCGAUGUGACGGACGCGAGGUGCUCGAGAUUGGGCGCCGUGCUACAUGAUCUAACUGAUGAGCUGGGCUACCUGCUAGUUCCUGGCAAGGACAAUGCCGAGUUCGAAACCAAAGUCCCCCUAACCGGCCCAACCGGCCUGUGGGGGCGGAGUCUCCGGCUGGAGUCCGCCGAGGGCCGGGUCAUGUGCGCCUCCAUACUCGACGUGGACGAGGAGGCCGAGUCCUAUGCGGAGGCGCACUUCAGCUCGCCCGUGGCUGGCACUGUCACUUUCAGAUGGCUGAUACCACGAGACGCUUCCGAACCAGACGCGGACGUGACAACAGACCUGUACCACAUGCGGGCAGUCCGCGGCUCCGAGGACUACACGCAGCACAAGUGGAAGCUGUUCGUCACCGACAUCUUCGACACGUCGAGGAGCCACGACGACAGCUGCGACGUGCUCCAGGCCGUGUUCGACCCGGCUACGGGUGGCGAUGGGAUCAGCGUGGGCGACCUAGACGUGCGCAUGGGCUUGGCGCACGUCGCGCGCGACGGACGGGUAUCUGCGCGUGCGACAUACAAGCACGAUGUCCUGCGCGCGCUGCGUGCCGACAUGGACGCGACACGACGGAGCCUCUACGUGGUCGUGUACGACCAUCAGCAUGAAGAUAGCUUCCUGGCCUGUGCCAAGCUGAGGUUGAUGCCGCCGCAGACCGCUAAGGUACUGAUAAACAUGGCGGGCGUGAAGGGCACAAUAUCCCUCCGGCAGCCUGCGCCCUGGUCUCCCACGUGGGCCACCUUCGAACUCAGUCCUGCUGCAGGGGACUAUGAGGCCAGCUUGAGAUUGGCCGGGUCUAUAGUGCGGUAUACAGUGCGGGAGUUGCCGGCUUCUCCCACCGUGUCGCCGGGGCGUCGCUGUAACACUACGGGAGGAGUGUUCAAUCCAUCUAAUGUCGACCUUACGACUGUUCCUCCAGCAGGCAUGGGAACACAGGACCAGUACGCGGUGGGCGACCUCCUAGGGAAGCUGUUAGGGCGCUCGCCACGGCUGCCACACGCCUACUUGCUGCCGGGGCUGGCACCCGAGCUCGCCGGGAUGUACUGGGACGUGUUCCUGCCGCUACGGGGCGCCGCGUCCGUGCGGCACCGCGCCCUUCUUGUUGAGAGACGGGCUCCUUAUCCUUCCGUGUGUGGCUCAGUAGUCCCUUACGAGUCGGACAGUGGGUACCAAACGCCCAUGACGACGGCUGAGGCUGUGUUCCGAUACCCGCUGGUUGGUCGAGUCCUCUUCCGACAGCCACAAGAGCGGCCCUGGGAGGACACCACCAUCAUCAUCGAGAGCCUGAUCCACGCGGACGGCGCUAACGUGAACGACACAUUCGGUCACCGCUGGGCGCUCCACGAGCGCGCGCCAGGCGCUGACUGGUACAACUGGUCGAGGCGUUGUGAGAGCGCCGGGAACGAGUGGGAGCCCCGGGGACUCCAGGUCGACCCGCGCCAGCCGGACCUCUAUUGUGGGCAUGCGCCGCUUUGCCGGCUCGGAGAUCUCACCACCAGGCACGGCAUGCUGUCAGUGGCGGGUCGUAAACGCGCGGCGCCAAAGCUGACACGACGACUGUUCUCCGAUCCGGUGCUGUCUCUGUCCGGUCGAUACUCUGCGCUGAAGCGCUCGCUCAUCAUACUGGACGACCACGGACCUGUGGCGCGCGGCGAGCGGAUGGCCUGCUCUGUUAUCGUGGGUUCAGCUCGGCGGAAGGCGGUAGUCCACGAUUGGUUCGGCGAGGGCGCGGGAGCGGGGUUGCAGGGAAAGUUGGAAAUCACCCAGCAGUCUGCUUAUGACAUCGCCAACCUGCAGCUUAAGCUGGAAAACUUAGAAGAUGUUCGAGACUACCAGAUACAUGAGGCCCCGGUAGAGAAGGAGCUAGAGUUCCCCUGCGAGACCAGCACGCUACUCGAGGUCUACAACCCCUACAACGUCAGCAAGUCCUCGAGCCCACUGCCCACGAAAGGCACGGUGGAUGAGUACGCCGUCGGCGCGUUAGGAGACAAGUUCGGUCUGCUGGAGCACCAGCGACGCACGCACAGCGCCAACAACGACACGGUGUUGUCGCUGUUCGGCGAGCAGAGCGUGCUGGGCCGCUCGCUGCUGCUCGCGCGCGCUAGGGGCACCAGAAGGUGGGCAUGCGGUACCCUCCAGCGUGGUUACAGUCCUUCCGAAGCGCGAGAACUGCGGGCGAUCGCAUCUUUCCACCAUCCCGGCGGCUUCGCGUGGGGCUACGUGCGGAUGACACAGCUCGUGAGCAGCGAUGGAGGCACCAGCGAUACCGUGCUCGAGCUCAAGCUGCGUUACCCUGGCGACAAGGACCGGAAUAUGACACACGGUCACCGCUGGGAGGUGUGGGUGAACCCGGUGGGCGUGGACGCUGCGGUGGCGGUGGCUGGAACGCGUUGCGUGGCUGGAGGGUAUCGGUGGAACCCCUACUUCACUCAACUGGCUGACCCUCUUAACCACGAGUUGUACGACGAAGAAUGCGGCGCGGACAACCCGCUGCGCUGCGAUGCGGGAGACCUUACUUCACGUCUUGGCACUAUCAGUGUUGGAGCAGGACGGCAGGUGGUGACAGACGCAAACCUCCCGCUAGAAGGAACAGCUCGGGCGCUGGGUCGGUCGCUGGUGGUGUUCGCGGCGGGGGGAGGGAGGGACCGGCUCGCCUGCGCCAACAUCGAGGAGGACCACGACAUCGUCAAAUACGUCAACAUCCUGAAGCCACCGCGAUUCGCCAUAGGCCAGUUUUUGGCGGAGGUGCGUCGCGUAAUGGGAGUGCCACCGUGGCUGCUCUGGGCGGAGGCGCGACGAUCCAAGCCACUCCAUAGUGGAGCUUGUCUCCAACUGCUGCUGCACUUCUCAGGGCCUAACGCAGCGCGCCUGGAGCAGGACUUCACCAGGUUACUAGCGACGGGUCGGCUGGACUCGCCCAGCAUCUUCAUCCCGGGGCACGUGGACUCCAAGAGGAAGCGUACCACGUCCUACAGACAGUGCGGCGUCGCCGAUCCUACUGACAGACGUACCCUGGCUAAUCUCGAAGGCCCUUUCCUCUUCUUCGGGCCACAGUCUUUAGAGGCGUACCGCCGGCCAGCGCUCCAAGCGCUGACCCAAGACGAGUUGACUCGGCUGUACGCGCAGCAGCCGUGCGUGGUGGUGUUCAACAGCCAGGACGGCGGCGGCGCUAGGGCCGAGCUGCCGCGGCUCCGGACCGCGCUGAGGCACCGCCCCGUGCUGGCGCUGCCGCAGGCCUUCCUGGACGUGCAUCCCGACUAUGUCAGCAACGAAACCCAGGUCCUCACGCUCCAGGGGCCGUGGUCGGAGCGCGAUGCGCAGAUGACGGAGACCUUCGCCCGUCUUCAGGACAUCUACGGAGAUGGGCAAGUUCUUGGAAUCCUUGGCAACUCUGUGUCCCAGAGUGGUCCGUCCGACUACGGCGAGGAGUGGCGAGCCAAGCGCGCGGCCGAAGAGCCCAGCUCGUCGCCGACGCCCGAGGACGAGCGUCCGCCGCGAGCCACGCUGUCCGCAGCGCUGUUCAAUGCGUCAGGACAAGCAGGCAAAGGCGCGGGCGCGCUGGUGCGCUCGUCGGGCUGGCCGGAGCUGUCCCUGGCGGACGGCACGCGCGUGCGGCUCGACGCGCCGGUGGGCGAGCAGACGCUGAAGACCUCCCGUCUCUACACCUCGCUAGUCGUCAACUUCGCCGACGACGCCAACCCACGCGAUAAGAUCACGCUGGACCUGACGUUCAAGCAAGCGGCGGGCUGGUGGGCGGCGGUGGGCGCCGAGGUGACGCGCCAGGGCAAGCAGUUCCACCUGCUGGCGCCCGCGGCGCCCGACGCGCCCGCCGCCGUGCUCGGCAAGGCGUACCGCUGCGGUCUGCCGCUGGUCUACCGCGGCGACGACGGCGCUACGCUCACUUUCCCGGACAUACAGAUGCAGCCCUAUAUGGACAGCACGGAGGAGUUUGCAGACGCCUUCGACUGCAUAGGUUUCACCACCGCCCCCAUCUGGUCGGGGCUGAUGGUAACGGCGAUAAUGCUGCUGGCGCUGGGCGGGUCGCUGUGUUUGAUCCUCGACAUCCGCACCAUGGACCGCUUCGAGUCCAGCCGCGGCAAGCAGCUCACCAUCACCGUCUCCGAGUAAACUGCCUCCAGCGGGGCACGCCGAGAACACAUCUCUUGCGCAAAGUGACUGAAUUCCUUUCAUAUU